AUGACUUCAAACUACGAACCGAUUUCUUCUGAAUCUCUUCCGCAACAAGAAUUACCUUCGCAAAGCAAAGUUUCUACAUGGGACACAUUCAAACAUCAUAUUCCUCGUAUUAUUAUUACUUGUAUCAUUGAUGUAUUUGUUCCACUUGUAGUUUUUUUUCUUCUUGAAAAUCAUGUCAAACCCGUCUUUGCUCUUUUGGCGGCUAGCAGUCCUCCUUUAUUUAUGAUUGCUUACAAGGCUAUAUGGGAACGCUCGUUCGAUUCUAUGGGUUUUGUUGUCUCUACCUGUCUUAUUACUACGGCUAUCUUUGCAUUGGCGUUUAACAGUCCUUACAUCCUCUUGUUAGAGAAGUCACUACUUACUGGUAUAGGAGCAGUUGUAUUUACUAUUACAUUGAUGCCGUUACAAUGUUGUCCGAAGCAGUUUCAAUGGCGUCCAUUGGCCUAUUAUUUCUAUUUUGAUUUAAUACCAGUUAAUCGAACAGAAUUUGGAUUGCCAGAUAGUGUGUUCGACAAUAAUGAAUACACAGAGCUCACAAGUGAGAAUAACAAAGGAAAAAUUUCGAGGAUGAAAGAAGCAACUCAAGUCUAUGCAUGGGUCUAUGAUCAUUCUUCAUCAUUUCGUAUUUCAUGUUAUUUUAUGACAAGUGCUUGGGCGGUAGCCUUCUGCCUCGAUUUUAUUAUUCGAUUUAUUCUUAUUUGUUCAGAUUUAUCAAUAGAUCAGAUUUAUUACUGGGGACAAAUUACAUUCUGUAUACUAGCAGUUUUAUGUCUUAUCCUUCAAAUUUGUACUAUGAUAAUCGAACGAAAACAUACAUUAGCAUUUAUUGAACAAUGGAAAAUAGAAAAUUUAACACCCUCGCUAUCAACUCCAUCCAGAUGA